ACAGCGCCCGGCAGCCGCGGCGGGAGGAGCGGAAACUGUCGGGCGCGUCCCGUUCGGAGCCGCGCCGGCCGAGAAGGCGCCGAGGAGCAGCGAGGCGGCCUCCGUCCGGCCCGGACCCGCCGAGCGGCGUGCGCGCCCCCUCCCCGUAGCCUCGCGGCGCGGCCUCGCCCCGGCCCCUCCCGAGCUCAUCGCGGGCCCACGGAGCGGCCCCGGAGGCCCGAGCGCGCCCACCUGAGCCCCCGCGCUGGCGCCAUGGCGGAGCAGGAGAGCCUGGAAUUCGGCAAGGCAGACUUCGUGCUGAUGGACACCGUCUCCAUGCCCGAGUUCAUGGCCAACCUCAGGCUCAGAUUUGAAAAAGGGCGCAUCUAUACGUUCAUUGGAGAAGUCGUCGUUUCUGUGAACCCUUACAAGUUGUUGAACAUCUAUGGAAGAGACACAAUUGAGCAGUAUAAAGGCCGUGAGCUGUAUGAGAGACCGCCUCACCUUUUUGCUAUUGCGGAUGCUGCUUACAAGGCUAUGAAGAGGCGAUCAAAAGACACUUGUAUUGUGAUAUCAGGGGAAAGUGGAGCUGGUAAAACGGAAGCCAGUAAGUACAUUAUGCAGUAUAUUGCGGCCAUCACCAACCCCAGUCAGAGAGCAGAGGUUGAAAGAGUGAAGAAUAUGUUGCUUAAGUCCAACUGUGUUUUGGAAGCUUUUGGAAAUGCCAAAACCAACCGUAAUGACAACUCAAGCAGGUUUGGAAAAUACAUGGAUAUCAACUUUGACUUCAAGGGUGACCCUAUUGGUGGGCAUAUCAAUAACUACUUACUAGAAAAGUCUCGAGUGAUUGUGCAACAGCCAGGAGAAAGAAGCUUUCAUUCUUUCUAUCAGCUACUCCAAGGAGGUUCAGAACAAAUGCUACGCUCUCUACAUCUCCAGAAAUCCCUUUCAUCCUACAACUAUAUUCAUGUGGGAGCUCAAUUAAAGUCUUCUAUCAAUGAUGCUGCCGAAUUCAGAGUUGUUGCUGAUGCCAUGAAAGUCAUUGGCUUCAAACCUGAGGAGAUCCAAACAGUGUAUAAGAUUUUGGCUACUAUUCUGCACUUGGGAAAUUUAAAAUUUGUAGUAGAUGGUGACACACCUCUUAUUGAGAAUGGCAAAGUAGUAUCUACCAUAGCAGAAUUGCUCUCUACUAAGACAGAUAUGGUUGAGAAAGCCCUUCUUUACCGGACCGUGGCCACAGGCCGUGACAUCAUUGACAAGCAGCACACAGAACAAGAGGCCAGCUACGGCAGAGACGCCUUUGCCAAGGCAAUAUAUGAGCGCCUUUUUUGUUGGAUCGUUACUCGCAUCAAUGAUAUUAUUGAGGUCAAGAACUAUGACACCACAAUCCAUGGGAAAAACACUGUUAUUGGUGUCUUGGAUAUCUAUGGCUUUGAAAUCUUUGACAACAACAGUUUUGAACAAUUCUGUAUCAAUUACUGCAAUGAGAAACUGCAGCAGCUAUUUAUUCAGCUGGUUCUGAAGCAAGAACAAGAGGAAUACCAGCGGGAAGGGAUCCCCUGGAAACACAUUGACUACUUCAACAAUCAGAUCAUUGUUGACCUCGUGGAGCAACAGCACAAAGGGAUCAUUGCAAUCCUUGAUGAUGCUUGCAUGAAUGUCGGCAAAGUCACCGAUGAAAUGUUUCUUGAAGCACUUAACAGUAAAUUGGGCAAACACGCACAUUUUUCCAGCCGAAAGCUCUGUGCCUCAGACAAAAUUCUGGAGUUUGAUCGAGAUUUUCGAAUUCGACAUUAUGCAGGCGAUGUAGUCUAUUCUGUCAUUGGUUUUAUUGACAAAAAUAAAGAUACUUUAUUUCAAGAUUUCAAGCGCCUUAUGUAUAACAGUUCAAAUCCUGUGCUCAAGAAUAUGUGGCCUGAAGGCAAACUGAGCAUUACAGAGGUGACCAAGCGACCUCUGACUGCUGCUACCUUGUUUAAGAAUUCUAUGAUUGCUCUAGUAGACAACCUUGCAUCAAAGAUUGAUUAUUGUGGGAGAAAGGAACCAUAUUACGUUCGUUGCAUCAAACCCAAUGACAAGAAAUCUCCACAGAUAUUUGAUGAUGAACGCUGCCGGCACCAAGUAGAAUAUCUUGGACUACUGGAAAAUGUGAGAGUGCGUCGGGCAGGAUUUGCCUUCCGCCAGACAUACGAGAAGUUUCUUCACAGGUAUAAGAUGAUCUCUGAAUUCACCUGGCCCAACCAUGACCUUCCUUCAGACAAAGAGGCUGUCAAGAAACUGAUUGAACGGUGUGGUUUUCAGGAUGAUGUAGCUUAUGGGAAGACCAAAAUUUUCAUUCGAACACCCCGAACAUUGUUUACCUUGGAAGAACUCCGUGCCCAGAUGCUCAUAAGGAUUGUCCUCUUUCUACAAAAGGUGUGGCGGGGCACCCUGGCCCGCAUGCGGUACAAAAGAACCAAGGCAGCUCUGACCAUAAUCAGGUACUACCGGCGCUACAAAGUGAAGUCGUACAUCCACGAGGUGGCCAGACGCUUCCAUGGCGUCAAGACCAUGCGAGACUACGGGAAGCACGUGAAGUGGCCAAGCCCUCCUAAAGUUCUUCGCCGUUUUGAGGAGGCCCUGCAGACGAUUUUCAAUAGAUGGAGAGCAUCCCAGCUCAUCAAGAGCAUUCCGGCCUCAGACCUGCCCCAGGUCAGGGCAAAGGUUGCAGCCAUGGAAAUGUUGAAGGGUCAAAGGGCUGACCUCGGGCUCCAGAGGGCCUGGGAGGGCAACUAUCUUGCUUCAAAGCCAGAUACACCUCAGACCUCAGGCACUUUUGUCCCUGUUGCUAAUGAAUUGAAACGGAAGGACAAAUACAUGAAUGUCCUCUUUUCCUGUCACGUCCGUAAGGUAAAUCGAUUUAGUAAGGUGGAAGACAGAGCAAUUUUUGUCACUGACCGUCACCUGUAUAAAAUGGAUCCCACUAAACAGUACAAGGUGAUGAAGACUAUCCCUCUAUACAAUUUGACUGGUCUGAGUGUCUCCAAUGGAAAGGACCAACUUGUAGUGUUCCAUACGAAAGACAACAAAGACCUCAUUGUCUGCCUCUUCAGCAAACAGCCAACCCAUGAGAGUCGAAUUGGAGAACUUGUUGGAGUGCUGGUGAAUCAUUUCAAGAGUGAGAAGCGCCACCUUCAAGUGAACGUCACCAACCCAGUACAGUGCAGCCUGCACGGGAAGAAGUGCACCGUCUCCGUGGAGACGCGGCUCAACCAGCCCCAGCCCGACUUCACCAAGAAUCGCUCGGGCUUCAUCCUCAGCGUGCCCGGGAACUGACGCCCCGCGGAGGCCUGGCCCGGAGCCCGGCCACACUCCGAGUCCUGGGUCCCAGUCCAGCUGCUGCCUCCCAACCCAUGCCCGCUAGAAACCUGCUGCGAGGGCCCCUCCCAGAGGAGCCCCGCCCCUGUAAGAUUUCCUUCCUGGUUUUCUGCCUUUGGUAUCAUCUUCCUCUGUCCUUACUGUCCACGGUCCCUGUUCAAUAAGCCAAAGACCCUGGUGCCCCGCCCAGACCCCUGGGCUGACGUCCAGACCAAUCUCACCCCAGAGGCAACUGGAUGGUGCCUUUAGUUGGUGCGGAUGCCCCGUGGCCAGGUCAGGUCAGAGCACCUGGACAGGUGUCCUCCCUGCUGCUGACCCUGCAGAGGGAAGGGGUGGGGAUGCAGGACCCCCGCUCUGCGGGAGCCCCAUAGCCACCUCUCUUGCCCAAGGUGAGCCAGCCCUGGGGACCCAGCUCAGGGAGGCUCUGCUCAGAGUUCGGCGGACCCACCCCAACCCAACUCCCAGCCGCCAGCCAAAGCCACUGGGUGAGCAGAGUCACCCACAGGGCCAGCCCCUCAGCCAGGAGCCAGUGGCAGGAGCGGAACAGCCCAUCCAGCAAAGUGAGUCCAUCUUUCCCAGGUUCUCCCCUGGGAGACUCCCUUUGCCACCAAGGCCCCCACCAGGGCCUCUGACCACCGCUCUGGAGAGGACAGUGUGGCAUGCUCCAAGGAUCAUCUUACUUAACUCGCAGCCUGUGGCCGUGGUCCUCUUAUAGAUACUUUCACCAUUUGCAGGGUUGCUAAUCAGAUACCUGCUGUCACCACACUUGGGUCAGGAACCCUAAUGAGAACGGGGAGCUGCCAGGGUGAGGGCAGCCCUCAGGGUCGGCCGCUUUCCCUCUGGACCACCUCCCGCUGCGUUUCCUACUCAGAGAAACAGCAAGGGUGGGGUCAAGACACGGGAUGACGGGAAGCAGGAAGCGGGGCAGCAGCACAGCGUGGGGUCCUGGCACUGCAGGCCAGGCCAGGAUGCCCACCCCGCCCUCUACACGGCCCCUUGGGGCCUGCGCCCGUGAAACUGGUGCCAGGGAGCACUGCCAGCUUGCCAGUUUCUGCCCAGCAAAAGCACGUAUGCUUCAGGGGCCUUCUGAGACCACCUUCCCCACUGAGCCCCAGCUGCUGAGAAGGCCUUGAGGGAAGUAGAGGCUCGGAGCAAAUGCCCCAUGCGGUGAGAGGAUGAGGGGAGCCUACGCCUCAGGCAUGUGGUGAGAGGAUGAGGGGGAGGGAGCCCACGCCUCAGGUGGAGUGGGCAGGGGUGCAAGAGAGGGAUGUACUGAAGCUUCUUCCCGUCCUGCCACAGACACUUCUCCUGCCUUCCCACCCUGACCCAGCAGAACCCACCAAGUGCCUGUGUGCAGCCUCCUGUGCCUCACCCAGGGCCUGACCCCAGAGUGGUCCCAACAACCCGGUCUCAUGCCCACUCCCCAUCCCUGCUUCCCAAAAAUUGCACUGUGUGCAGUUUGCAACAAAGAAUCCCGCUGGCAUCCUGUCCUUGGGAACCCUUUCUCAUUCUCCAAGCCUGGUCAGCUGCCUGCACAGGCAGAGGUGCCCUCAGCCCAGGUUAGCAACACUCAUAGUUUUGCCAAUUACCAGUAGACACUAGUGGAACCAUCUAACUGGAACUUCCUCUCUCCUUCCACUUAUUUCCUCAAACUUGUUGCUUUACACUAGACACAUGCAAAUGUAUGUUUUAAACACACCAAAACAGAUCAUGCCAAAUGAGUUGCCUGUCAAAGGCUGGAGGGCAGGAGGAGGGCCUGGGUUUGGGUUCUUUCCUCCCAGCCUUUGGAUGGUGCCUUGGGCCCCUUAGCCCCAGCGCCAGGGCCUCCCAGCUGAGGCCACAGGACAAGCACUUUUUUAUGAUGUACUAAAAGCCACAGUAUGUGGCAACUGCAAAAGGAUCAGGAAUUUAGGGUAUGAUCUCGGUCACGUGUCCCGGGCGCUGAGGGGAAAGGAAGCGGGCACAGUGAUUGUAGACAAUGAGGGGGUUCUCUUGAUGUAAUGAAAUGCAAUUUUAUGGUUUGGUGCAAAAACUCCUAUUUUCCAGUAAAUUAACUUUAUUUCUAAAGCAUAUUUUGAUUUGCCAUCAAGAGCAAUAAAGCAUUAAAUCUUA